CGCUGACUUGACGCAUAUGUGAACUCCCUUUUGAGCUUUAUAAACAUCAAAGUGGCCGACACAGAGCUACUGUAUACACUGUGCUGGAACUCUAGCAUUGUCAGCUGACUGACUGCGAGCAAUUUAUUUUCAUUAUUAAGUGCAAAUAAAGUGUUUACAAAAAUGUCAGUAAACGAUAGCAAUCGUUUAUAUAUGACGAAUGAGAUAUUUAAUAAAAUGUCCAAGGACUUACUGAGCUUAACUUCAGAGGGCAGUGUGAAAAAAAUUCAAAAGGAAAACCUAACCCCUUACAAAAUAGCUACUGUUAUUUUAAUUAAACAUUAUUGUAAUGAAAAUACAAAAGCAAGUUUAGUGGAAAGACGUGAUUUCUGUUUAGCGUCAUUGAAAUUAAUUCAGUCAGCAGAUAUGGAAGUAAGUGCUGUGCUGAACAUGUUGUAUGCACCAGAAUAUGCUUUACAUCGAUUUGCGGAUCAAUUGGAAGUAGAUCUAGAUGCAUUACAUACAAAAGGAGUUCAUGGAUUGAUAGAUCUAUUUGAUAGUCUUCGUCGAUUGAUGGUAUGCAAGGAUCCACACUAUAUACCAGCGUUAAACAAGAAUUCUGUUCUUGGACUAUAUGUUCGUAGAAUGCUUGUUUUCUUUGAAAAAUUAGCUUUUGAUCAAAUAGUCGCUCUCUAUAACAACUUAAAAAGAUACAUUGACAGAAAAAUUGGUGCAGAAAAUUCCGAGAUCUCUGCAAUUUCUAAGCAAGAAAAUUUGAGUAUAAAUAAAGUGAAAACAAUCUGCCGUGGAAGACAGGCAGAAUUACUUAUUGCACAGCAAGCGCAUGCUUUACAAACAGAUGAGCAUAAAGCAUUGCCGCCAGUGGAGUUGCAGGUUCUUGUUCAAGAUCUCUUAAAAUUCACCCCUUACAAUGCAGAUGCGCACUACUUGAGUUACCUGAAUUGCAUUCGCGUGAGCGACUUUUGUGGAGCGGUAGACAGUCUUUAUCAUUGCUUCGACAGAAUGGCACCUCUGGGAUGCCGAUCUCCCGAAGAUGCCCGGAAAAUCGAAGAUCCCCAAAAGCUCGAAAACCUUCGAAAAGAAAUCGAAAAUCGAUCUCGCACUUUUCGAUACGCGGCGCUCAACUUAGCCGUUUUACACGCCCAAUUCAAUCACAAGAAAGUAGCACAGUACGCUUUGAGGGAAGCUAUCAAACUAGCCCAGGAAGCAGGAGAUAAUGUGUGCUUGCAGAUUGCACAUUCUUGGAUGUCUUAUUUAACCAGCGAAAAAAAUAAAGGACCUCUCAUAGAACGUUCAAUUGGCAAAGCAAGUUUACUCGGAAUUACGCAUACGACAGGCUUGAGUCUUAUCUCACAUGCACAUAAUCACGCCUUGGAAGCUAAGAAUCCUCCUCAAGUGUUCGAUAUACUGAUGAAGUCGGACAUGUUAAAUUGUCAGCAUUCGAUGCCCGACUUGAUGUCCAUCACUUUUGCAGAGAAGUCCGCACUAUGGGCGCAUUACGGUAAGAUGGAAAUGGCCUCCCUUUGCGCCCAGUUGUUGCUUCUCCACAACACGGGCGAUAAGAAGCAGCAUAUUUUCAAUGGACCUUCCACAUGCCAGGCAAUUGUCACUGUUGCCAAUAUGCUGGUCGAGUUUGGCGAAUAUGCUCUCGCCGACGUUGUGCUGACCCACGCUAAGGAGAGAUUUCCCAACAGUCCGUGUAACAAAAUUUGGAUGUUGAACGAACAACUGCAUAUGUUCACACAAUUGAUGAGACAAGAGAAAUGGAGCGAGGCAGAGGCAACAGCGAAAAAUAUUUCCAGUUUAGACGAGUUGGAAUGCAAGCUCAAAUUGGUGGAAGUCUGUUUGGCGAAAGGCGAUCUUCCAAAGGGAUUGGAAUACAUUAGCGUUGUUGAGAAACAUCCGGAUGCGAUUCCAUCGCACAUAAUACGCGCUAUACUUCUCUCGAGUCAGAUAACAUGCGCUUCGUCCUCACUGAGCAACGGUACAGCAGUUGCCACUAAUUGUAUAGUUCGUCUUUGUUCGGCCUUGGAAUUGGCCACACAAUAUCAUUUAUCGUACUACAAAGCGCUUGUUAAAAUGCAUCUCGCCAACUUACAAUUGUUAAUGGAUUUGCCUAUGUUGGCCUUGAAUCUAGUGGAAGACGCUAUCCACACGAUCUUGGGCCAUGGCGGUUGUUACGAUCAGGGUAAUGCUUUCAUGUUGUACGGCAAAUGCCUGAUGGCAUCGACGUCGGAAAGUCCGCCCGAGAAGCGGAAAAAGGUGAUUCUAAGCGGAAUAAAAAUUCUCGCGAAAGCGCAGACGCUUUUCACCAAGGUUAAUGCCAUCGCCAAAGUUAAGAAUACUUUGCACCUGCAGGCUAUUUUUUACAAUGAGAUUAAUUUUCUGUCUGAGCGAAAUCAGCGUGCUUUUGAAUUUCGUCAACUGAAUGAACAAUAUCAAACUACUUCUACCAAUCCAUUUUUAUAUUAAGAUUUGCAGAAUAAUGAUUAUGUACAAAAAUGUAAAAAAUGUUUUUUAAA